AUGAGUAGAAAAACGCGGCGUUGGAUAUUUCGUAUUUUCCUUUGUCUUGGGAUAGUAUACCUGAAAAUUGGGGGCUUUUCUUCUGUUAUAGCUCUGGGAGCUAGCAUUAUCUGUAACAAGAUUCCUGGACUGGCACCCCGUCAGCGGAUCAUUUGCCAGAGUCGACCAGACGCAAUUAUAGUCAUCGGAGAGGGCGCACAGAUGGGCAUCAACGAAUGUCAGUUUCAGUUCAAACACGGGCGAUGGAAUUGCUCUGCGCUCGGGGAGAGAACGGUCUUCGGAAAAGAAUUGAAAGUGGGCAGUAAAGAGGCAGCAUUUACCUAUGCCAUCAUUGCGGCCGGAGUGGCUCAUGCCAUUACGUCGGCCUGUACACAGGGCAACCUGAGCGACUGCAGCUGUGACAAGGAAAAACAGGGCUUCUACGGCCGUGGGGAUGGAUGGAAAUGGGGGGGCUGCUCGGCGGACAUUCGCUACGGCCUCGGCUUCUCGAAAGUGUUUGUGGACGCCCGAGAGAUCAAACAGUCCGCCAGGUCUCUGAUGAACCUACACAACAACGAGGUUGGGCGGAAGGUUCUCGAGAGGAACAUGCGUUUGGAGUGCAAAUGUCAUGGCGUGUCUGGCUCCUGCACCACAAAAACCUGCUGGUCAACUCUUCCCAAGUUUCGUGAGCUUGGCUUCAUCCUGAAGGAGAAAUAUACCCAAGCUGUACAUGUUGAACCUGUGAAGGCCAGUCGCAAUAAACGCCCAACUUUCCUCAAGAUCAAGAAACCCCACUCCUACCGCAAACCCAUGGACACUGACCUGGUCUACAUUGAUAAAUCACCCAAUUACUGCGAAGCGGACCCGGUAACAGGAAGCGUUGGGACACAUGGUCGGAUUUGUAAUAAGACAUUAUUGCAUCAUAGUAGUGGAUGCGAUCUGAUGUGCUGUGGGCGGGGCUACAACACACACCAAUACUCACGUGUGUGGCAAUGCAACUGCAAGUUUCUUUGGUGCUGCUAUGUCAAGUGCAACACGUGCAGUGAGAGGACAGAGGUGUACACAUGUAAAUAA